GUCAGAUUCUGAAGAUCAAAAUGGCCGAAACUGAUAUGCAAGCGAGCAGGUACCUCACCAAUGUUCCCAGGGGAGUAGUAUCAACAAUUUGUUCUUCAUUAUCCACAACAACAGGAGUUGGUAACAAUUCCGUAAAUGAUUUAUCAUUUAUCGGCUCACCCACUCAAUUGGCAGUUGUUAAUGGGCGAGGGGUCAAUGUACCAGUCGUUGAAGAGCCAACGGUUGAUGUGCUGGCUUUAGACAUGGUGACCCGUUCAGACGUCCUGGUAUUUCUGAAUCUUCUAGCCAGAAGUGUUAAAGCUCGUUUUUAUAGCGGUGACAUCCUGUUUGUUACGUUGACGAUGUUAGAUGAGGAAUUCAAAACAUCCGCUAAAGCUCUGGAUUUCUUCUUUAUAGAUGUCAUUUUAUCGAAUUUUGGAACCGGCGAACUUUGGUCCAAAACUUUGCCAGGGGUUAUUUGCGGCUUUUCUGUUGUCAAUGUUGAAGCCAGAGCUGAUGCUUCUGAUGAUAAAUCCAUGUUUAUCUGUGGCUUUUCCAUGCAUUGCGAACAACCAAGUUGUGGAGAGACAGUGGCGCUCGCAGGAUUUCUGUCUGGGGACGACAAAGUGGUGAGCUUCUUAAGGUACUCCCGCCAAAUUUUGAAAAAGUAG